UCCGCCGCCGCCGGCCGCCAUCUUCCCGGUUUGCACAAGCGCCGCUGCUCCUCUGACGGCGGCGGCGGCGGCGGCAGCGACGGCGGCGGCGGGAGCGGGCAAAACAAUCACUGCGAAUGUGGUCUCCAGUGCCCAGUGUCUGUCAUCAUGCCUCGGAAAAUUGAGGAAAUCAAGGACUUUCUGCUCACAGCCCGGCAGAAGGGUGUCAAAUCUGUCAAGAUCAAGAAGAACAAGGAUAAUGUGAAGUUCAAGGUUCGCUGCAGCAGGUACCUUUACACCCGGGUCAUCACAGACAAGGAGAAGGCUGAGAAGCUGAAACAGUCCCUGCCCCCUGGUUUGGCAGUGAAGCAACUGAAAUGAACCAGACCUCUCUGUUUUGACCAUUGAAACCCCUGAAAAGUCCAAAAAAAAAUUACACAUAUGUACUACCUUCUA